AUGUGGUCACAUGUCGAAGGCAUGACGCUUGCCCUCAAUGAUGGCAUAGCGGAAUGCAACAUGCUCCAUAGCUCCGAGGGAAGUGCAAAGCGCUCUAUACUCAUCGGCGCCGCUCUUCUAAUCACACUCGAGAUCCUCGGUGACAAAACGCUUCUCGAAUAUGAUCUUUCGGACAUUCGCAACGCCGGUCUUGGCCUAAUUCACCUUCUAUAUUUCGUGCACAGCAUGGAUUUGCCUUGCAGACUUAACGACAAUGGAUGGAAGUCCAAGGUCUUGGAAAAGGCUGAUGGUUAUGAAAUGGCCAUAGAAGACACACCAGUAUAG